ACAGGUAGUCUGCUACUAUUACUCUACUUCGUCAGUCACUUUCAAGUUUGUUGCAUUCGGUUACAUUAACGUUCUUGUAAGAUUCUCUCGCUGAUAAAACCCACAGAACUGCAGUGUGAUGUCAACUAUUGGUGAUGAAAACGAACCCAGGGAGGUGGAGGUUACCGGGAUAAGAGAACGACCUGGUCGAUUUUACAUCAGGCUUCAUUGGGAGGAACCGACUAAAUUCAGUGCAGAAACAACAACUUCGAAGACGAAAAUGACAUGUUUCCAUUAUCACGUCGAUUUUAAAAUUGAAAAUCAAAUGUGUCAGUACAUGCUGGGUAUAGUAUUUCGUUUUUGGCAAACAUCCAAAAACAUUCUAUGUGCUGCACAGUUAAGCCGGAUAGCUCACAGUGAGGAAGAAGAUGAUGAACCGCGUCCUCGCGCUAUUUUGGCCUUUAUAAAUCAAAACGAAACUAGACUUCAGCUGGAGCCUUGGGGUUUGGAUCAGUGGAGAUCGCGUGACUUCGACGCCAGCUUUGCGUAUCCAGAUGGAAAAGAUUUUACCGAUAUUACAACUCUUACAUGGGAAACGACAAAUCCAAACGAAUGGAAACCCUUGACUUGUCAACUCCGGAUCGAGUUUGAAGCCUUCGCUGUUGGAGAGAGGAAUGCUCUUAAACAAUUAACGGAAUUGUACGUCCAGCAGAAUCAGUGCGAUGUCCAGUUUAACUUGCAAGACGAUCAACACAUUGGCGGCCAUUCACACAUACUGGUGGCCAGAAGUCCCGUUUUUGCCGCAAUGUUCCAGCACGAGAUGAUGGAGAAGAAGACGGGCCAAGUCAGCAUUCAGGACAUCCAGCCAGACAUUUUUAAGCAGCUGCUUCAUUACGUUUAUUCUGGCCGGCUUUCAGUACCACUGACGGAAACCACUGCCCAGCGGCUGUUUGAAGCGGCCGACAAGUACGACAUUGGAGAUUUGAAGGAUGAGUGUAUCGAUUUUCUACUAGACUACAUCCGCGUAGACAACGUGAUCAAUUUGAUGGCCUGGGCACAUAUUCAUUCAGUUGAAGAGCUGACGGAAGAAACUCUCACAUUCGCGUCGCUCCAUGGGAAAGAAAUUUCUCUGCUUAAAGACUGGGAGAACCUGAUGAAAAAUUACCCUGAAGUCUGUCUAGAGGCUUCUCGACGCAUGUUUGACCGAAUGGUACUGUCUUCUGAAAGCAAUGACACUGCCAGUUCGAAUCGACAAUAAUGGGCGAUGAAUUUCGGUUCCCGCAUUUAUCACUAUGAACUAUAAAAUUGGAGAUCAUUUCCUGGGUGAUGACGCGUAUUUUUUACAAGUUCUUUUUAUAUUGUAUUUUUAAAUUGUUGGAAAGUGAAAGUGUUGUAGUCUACGGGUGAAAUAAAAAGAAUAAUUGUAGCCUAA